AUGGACAGGUUACAUUCUGAUCCAAGUUUUUUAGUAUGCCCAGACUUUAUGACCAAAUGGUAUAGAGUCAGCCACACCAGCAUGGUCAAUGCCAAUGUCACGGAAGCUCAAGCAGUAGAGACUCUCUGCAACAUCUGGAUAACAACCAAUGAAGAUUUGUGUCUACAAUGGCAUCAACAAGUCGUAGAAGACAAACAUUUGAAUGCUGAGAGGUACCACUUAGCUGAAGAAGAAGCAGAGCAGCAGAAGGCUGUACUUGAACUUGAGGAAGCCACAAUGAGAGCAGACAAGAGAAAGAAAAAUCGUUUCAAGCAUUUGCCAAUUCCAGUGUGA